AUGACUUAUGAUUCCUCAAGGCUUUAUGUGGAUCAGAGGGCCCUCACCCGGAUGACUUCUUACCUCUCCAUCCAGAAUGACACAGAUAUCACGUUUGCCAUCAAAUUGGGAAAAGACAUGGAAGCCGAGAAGUGGGCCAGAAUCUUCACGACGGUGACGGAUAAAGCAAGCAGUGUCGAAGGGCUCCAAGAACCUAUAGGCGUUUCGAUGGAUGCGCUGGCUAGUCUUGCAGAGAUGGCUGCUGUCGCACCAGGCACUGACAGUGCAUUUCGUACCAAAGCAUCGUCCUAUAUUGCCAUGCAAAUUACCAAGCAUGUCAAAAAGGUUGCUAACAUGCAGCUGCUCGAACCAGGCAAUAAUUGGCGUUCUGACCCCAUGAAAUGUGGAGAGUGGCUGAUAUGCCACUGCUUUGCGGCCCGGGUCAAUCCCAAAGAUUCCAGCCAGGUCCUGAUAGGCUCCGUGUACAUGAGGCCAAUCAACAGUGGUGAAACAUACACGUCCAUAAAUAAGUACAACAUCUCCGAUUGGGUCGCCAAGGAUGGCUGGGUGGAUGUGAGAUCCAUUGUUCUCCCGCCAGAAGUCAUCCAAAUACAGACUCUACACCGUGGCGGCACGAUUCAAUCUGGGGAGUCCAGUGGCGCCUCUCGGGACAACGUGCUGCCUCGUGGCUCGGGCGCCCCCAGGUCUCCGCCGUCGAGCAGCGGUGUCAUGCUCAGGAUGCCACAGCCGAACCCCGGAGUGCACAGGGUGCCGGUGUCGCCCCAAGAUCAGACAUAUCGCAGUGGCAGCGGUGGUGGUGACAACAUGACCCGCCUGCGUGUGUGGUCCACACACACAGGUGCACACGGACCUAGGUACCAGCAAGGAUAUUUCAGUGUGUACCUGGAGCACGUGAGUGGACCCGUCGCCAUCCGUUCCGCAGUCGUCGACUACAACCACGACACGUUUGAACCCCGGGAGCUGGAGAUGUGGUUCGAAGGUCACCGAUGGAUGGUGUCGCGCCUGUCUUGGGGCCUCACCAACGUGAUCAUCAAAGUGACAUUCGAGAACAACAUGUGCCAUGAAUUCCACCACGACUGCUUUAAUUUGCCAAAUGGUGCCAGGGCCGAGUUCGCUUUCAAGAUGCGCCCGUAAUGUGCGUGCAUUCACAACUGCUCCUUAUAUUGAACUAAGGAACCAUGCAUGUUGGAUAUGGCGCACACAUGCGCACACACCAAGUGCCAGCGCUCGAGCGGUAGAUGUGGGUUCGAAACCCACCGAUGGUCCCCCGAAUGUAAUAGGUCGGAGUGUAGUGGGCAAGAUUAAGUGGUCAGGCGGCAGCCUUGGAGGAGCUGCUCUGGAGCCAAGACCUGGCUUUAAAUAAGAGGCAAAUACGCCUGGCAGAAACUAACAGCACCAUAAGGAGUGUUGGAUUGGAGGCAUGGGGAGUAGCUAGCCCCUGGGCCACUGAGUUAUCAGAUGGUUAAAAGGAUUUCAGGAUGGAAGCGCUCCUGUGUUGAUUAGAGUAAACGGGUGCUGGUGUGUGCGCCUUGUGGUAGAUAUUCUGCGUGGCUGUAGAGCAUGCGUCUGGUGGCAUGGGGGCUGUUGGCACCUGGGCUAGCUGAGCUGGCAAAUGGACUUUCAGGUGAACGCAGUUCUGCGAUGAUUAAGGUUGGCGGUGAGCAUCAGCAUGGGCUGGUGCAGUGUAUGGACAAUGUGGUACACCCCUCCUCAAGCGAGGAGUGCUUCGGUGGUCGUUCCCGUUGGGGUACGGUUAGGUGCCCCUGGCCAGUGUCAGGCCCGGAUCGAUAUGUAACAACCAACAUGUGUGC